AUGCAGCUUACUACAAGGAUCUCUAACCGAAAACAUGACAAAGUCAAGAAGAAGGGUUGUAGGCUUUUCGCCCCAGAGCACGGAGGCGACUAUGCUGUGUUCGAUCGGAGACCACUGGCCAAGGAAAUCUUGGAUUAUAGCACGCAGGACGUGAUCCACAUGCCAAAUCUCUGGAAUGUGUACCGGCCAAAGCUCUGUGAUGCCUGGUGGAACAAGAUCGUGGAGGAGACGGAGAGACGCAUCAAGCAGUCUCAGGCCGAAGCUUUCGACAGCAAGGGAAAGCACAUGGCGGAGGCGCCAGUAGGGUGGCGGUACUGGCAGCCGACACCUGCACAGAAGAAGGUCGGGAUGUUGCACAAAUUCCAGGGCGGUAAAGCAAUCAAGGAGAAAGCGGCUGUGCCAGUCCAUCACACCGUCGACCUCGCGGACUUGUUGGAAAGCAUGAGUUCCUCGAUCAUGACGAGUUUGAACGAGAGGCAGAAGACUUUGCAGCGUGCGACUCAGAGUGCGGCUACUGUGGUGCUUGUGUCUACUAGACCAACUCCCCCAGUCCGGGAACAACAGCUCAUAGCCUCCUUUGGGAAUGCGCCGUGGCGUAAACAGCUCAUGCCCCUUCAAAUGAGAGACGCGAGCGCAGAUGCUGCUCUCGCCAAAUAA